AUGGCUUCAAGUCCCGUUGUGUUGUGCUACUCUUCCUUUAACCCUCCAAGACCUGCCUUUGACGUGCUCUUCGAACUCGCACCAGCCUACGAAAGCGAUUUUACCCUACUAGAUCUGGUGGCGGUAGCUGAUCUUAAGGAGGAUGAGCGAGCGAAGAUAGAAGGGAUAAUCUGUACCGGUGGUUAUGCCCGAACAGACCACGAGUUGGGAAAAGAGAUCAUGGACUUGCUACCUAAUUUGAAAGUCAUUAGCACGCCAAGCACGGGUAUAAAUCAUAUUGACGUACAGGCAGCCACAGAUCGUGGUGUUCGUGUAGGCCGAAGUCCUGGGCAUUUUCAAAGUGACUCUGUCGCUGAAUUUGCUUUCGGAUUGCUAUUGGCGUCUGCGAGGUCGAUUGUGCUGGCUAAUGAGGUCGCCAGAACAACUGUUUUUUCAUCAGGCCAAGUGAGUAAACAAGAACUUAUACGUAUUCUGGUAUGCUUAAUUAGAACCCUACCUCCCUUCGCGACAGAUCAUAGCGACAAUAUUAUUUUAUACUUUUCAUUCAGGAUUAUUAACCGUAGUCGUUUUUAGUGUCGUCACGAAAACGCGUGGGAAGCGUUGCGUGACGACACUAAAAACGGCUGUGUACAAUGAUUUGGGAGCACAUUAACUGCCACUAUUUGUGUUUUCAAUUUAGCAAAAAAUAGGAGUGUUCAGUCCUAUACAGCAAGUUACUGGUUCUACUCUGGGUAUUAUUGGUUUUGGAAAUAUUGGAAGAGCAGUUGCUGCAAAGGCAAAAGGAUUCAACAUGAAAAUCUUGUAUUACAGUCGUACGCGGAAAAAAGACCAAGAAAAAUGCUUAGGUAAAGUCAGUUAAGUGUGACCAUCAUGUGAAUCGUAUAUUCUCUCAGGACCACAAGAGCAGGAACAAAUGUUGUUCAUUCAGGCAUUCCAUAAGAGUCUUAUGGGUAUCUGAGGGUGCGUUCGAUUGGGAAAUCCGAAAACAGAUUUCACCUCCGAGAAAUCCGUCCUCAGGGUGGAUUUUGGAUUUCCUUUUCACCGUUCGAUACGGAUUUGCAAAACUGUUCUCGUGAACAGCGGUCUUCUUUUUCUUAAUUAUGCGUGCGCAUGCAAGACCACUGUUCUUAAGGUGACUCGACCCAGUUUUUUUGGGGGGGGUACCAUCCUACUUUGAAGCUCUCUGGUAUCCCCACCUUUACUUUUAUCGUAAGUCUAACACAUAGAAUGGAUAACAUAUAGAUCAAUCUACAAUAUAACAUAAAAUUUUUGGCGAUCGGAGUAAAUGUCACGUGGUUAUAAUGCCACGCCCCUUUGAGGUCUGAGUCGAAAAUCUGCUGUUGCCGGCAUUUUUUCGUGAAAAUCUCUCGGCUACACAUAGUGCGCAUUAGUGCCUUGCGCUGAACAGAGUUUCACCAAAAUCGCAAAGACCCAAUUCGAGAAAUUCAGCGGUUUCCAAAUUUAGGUCAUAAUUUAUGCGAAAAUGAUAAGCAAACUUUACACGGAUUAUAUCUAAUAAACUAUGAGAUUCAUCUCUUUAUUUUGGGCAUCGUUAUAACAGAUGGGUCCUUGCAAGUCAGCAAAACGCUUUAGGGCCUUGUAAAUGCGCGCGAUUUCGAGCAAAGCAAACAUAUAGAAAUUAUAGUUUUCGCUAUUUGUUGACGUUUGUCAGCGUUUAAGAGUCCUUCUCACGAAAAAAGCAUUUUCUUAAAAAUUCGUAGUUUUUUUUCCUUCAAAUUUUUUCAGGGCCACAAUUGAUUAACUAACUACCCGGACUCUGAAUUUCAUGGUCAUUGAAAAACUGUGACAUUAUCUUCUAUAAGCCCAAACUUGAGUAAACAUUGAAGAUUUUUAGCGUUUUGGCUGAGUUUGUGCUUUGGGAGUUGUCUAUUGUUUCUAGUCUGUCAUUAUACAGCAUUCUUGUUCAGCACGCGUGCAAUGACCGCGCUUGGCUGACUUCCGAAUGCUCACCGAGAUAUAAUAAUUUUGGUACAGUGAGACAGGCCAUCGCGUGAUACAUAGAGGUUUAAGUCACAAUUUUUAAUCAAUUCUCGUGCUUCUUGUGCCUUUGCAAAAAAAUCAAGAAGUGCUACACACUAAAUCUACUUACUAUUAAAAAAAUAUCAUUUUUUCAUAGGUUUAAUGCAAGCCAAUAAUUAAACCAACUCGUGACGGGAAUAUCUCGGUGAGCAUUCGGAAGUCAGCCAAGCGUGGUCAUUGCACGCGUGCUGAACAAGAAUGCUGUAUAAUGACAGACUAGAAACAAUAGACAACUCCCAAAGCACAAACUCAGCCAAAACGCUAAAAAUCUUCAAUGUUUACUCAAGUUUGGGCUUAUAGAAGAUAAUGUCACAGUUUUUCAAUGACCAUGAAAUUCAGAGUCCGGGUAGUUAGUUAAUCAAUUGUGGCCCUGAAAAAAUUUGAAGGAAAAAAAACUACGAAUUUUUAAGAAAAUGCUUUUUUCGUGAGAAGGACUCUUAAACGCUGACAAACGUCAACAAAUAGCGAAAACUAUAAUUUCUAUAUGUUUGCUUUGCUCGAAAUCGCGCGCAUUUACAAGGCCCUAAAGCGUUUUGCUGACUUGCAAGGACCCAUCUGUUAUAACGAUGCCCAAAAUAAAGAGAUGAAUCUCAUAGUUUAUUAGAUAUAAUCCGUGUAAAGUUUGCUUAUCAUUUUCGCAUAAAUUAUGACCUAAAUUUGGAAACCGCUGAAUUUCUCGAAUUGGGUCUUUGCGAUUUUGGUGAAACUCUGUUCAGCGCAAGGCACUAAUGCGCACUAUGUGUAGCCGAGAGAUUUUCACCAAAAAAUGCCGGCAACAGCAGAUUUUCGACUCAGACCUCAAAGGGGCGUGGCAUUAUAACCACAUGACAUUUACUCCGAUCGCCAAAAUUUUUAUGUUAUAUUGUAGAUUGAUCUAUAUGUUAUCCAUUCUAUGUGUUAGACUUACGAUAAAAGUGAAGGUGGGGAUACCAGAGAGCUUCAAAGUAGGAUGGUACCCCCCCAAAAAAACUGGGUCGAGUCACCUUAAGGACAGUUUUUCAAAUCCUUUUUCACGGUAAAAACAGAAAUCUCGGCGUUGAAAUCCGUUUUCGGAUUUCGCGUUCGAUUGCAAAUCCGGAUUUUAAAAUCUAAAUCCAGAUGUCCCAAUCGAACGCACCCUGAAUAACAGCCCCCUACCUUGGUGUAGUUUACAGGGCUGUCAACUCUCCCGGAUAAUCCGGGAGACUCCAGAUUUUGAACCGGUCUCCAGAUUAGAGUCUGAAAAUCUCCCGGAUAAUCGCCGAAGUUUGCCAUUUCUUGUAGAUUUGACUUCCUGACAAUGAAAUUUAACAGAUUUCGCUUUAAUUGAGCUAUUUUACUGUUAACAUCGAACGUUUCUUCACAAACUCCGUUAUGCCGUUGUAAUAUUGGCUUGGAUAAAUUCUGCUCGUAAAAUGGGACCAAACGAACUCUCCGUAAUAGAGAGGUGUCCGUAUUAUAGAGGUGUCCGUAAGGAGAGGUUAGACUGUACAAGCAAUAAUGUGAUUGGUAGGAAGUAAACCAAUAAUUCCAACAACAUCUUUUUCGCGUGUUUUUCCCAUACUAUUAACUUUUGGUAUGCAUUUUAGGUGUUUCAUUCUGCCCAGACUUGAAGAAACUGUUGCAAGAGUCAGACUUUGUCAUUUUAUGCUUGCCAUAUACUGAUCAAACCAAGCAUAUCAUUUCAUCAAAGGAACUAUGUCUUAUGAAACCCACAGCCACACUGAUUAAUGUGGGUCGUGGAGGAACUAUCAAUCAUGAUGACCUGACAGCUGCACUACAUAAUGGAGUCAUCAGAGGUGUUGCACUGGAUGUAACAGAACCAGAUAAUCUUCCCAAAGACCAUCCUCUUUUUAAGAUGCAAAAUGUGAUCAUCACCCCACAUAUUGCUACUUAUACAGAGUCCACAUUUUUGAAAGUGUUUACCACUGCUAUGGAUAAUUUAAAGGCCGGAAUUAAGGGUGAAGAAUUACCUUAUCCAGUGUAA